AUGUCGAAGACGGUUCAGAUCGCCUCCCCGGCGCAAUUCAGUGGUCUUUUGAAGUCAUCAAAGAUUGUGGUGGCAGAUUUCUAUGCGGACUGGUGCGGACCAUGCAAAGCUAUAGCCCCCAUAUACGAGCAGCUAUCUGCACAGCUAUCUCGCCCGAAUCACAUUACGUUCGUCAAGGUCAACGUCGACACGCAAAAGGAAGUCGCCGCGAGCUACAAUGUCACCGCCAUGCCUACCUUCAUGAUCUUCAAGCAAGGCACGGUCGUUGAGAAAGUCACUGGCGCAGACCCUCAAAAACUGCAAGCCGUUGUCAGGAAGUUGGCUGCUGAGGCAGAAGGUGGUUCAAGCUCCUCGGGCUUUGGAGGUUCGAACAGUGGAAGCAACUGGCGUGUUGGAGAUCUGCCAAAGGGAUAUGGUGAUGUUUCGGACCAGGUGGACGUCAAGGGCCUAGAGCUGUUAAAUUCGAACAGCGAGUUUGGAAGCGUGCGGGUUCUGUUCGAUAGCAGCAAACCGUCAGGACUGCAGAAGGGGAAGGCGCCGGAGAACCAGGCUAAAGAUUGGGUUGAGAGUGAUACGGAUGAGCAGCUGAUGAUGUUCAUGCCAUUUCAAGCCACUCUAAAGGUCCAUACUCUACAGAUCACAUCAUUACCACCAAAACCGGAAGAUGACGACGAUGAUGUCCCCAUGCGACCACAAACCAUCCAAAUAUAUCCUAACCGCCCACAUAUCCUCGGAUUCGAAGAAGCAGAUGAUACCCCAGCGGCGCAAAGCAUUACCAUCGCGGAAAGUGAUUGGGAUUCCACUGGCACUGCGACACUACCUUUACGGUUUGUCAAAUUUCAGAAUGUGACAAGCUUGGUUCUGUUCAUCGUGGAUGGUGAUGGAGAUGGCGAUCGGGUCCGCGUAGACCGUGUUAGGGUCAUUGGGGAGACUGGCGAGAAGAGAGACUUGGGGAAAUUGGAGAAAAUUGGAGAUGAGCCUGGAGAGUAG